GGACCAGCUGGUGCAGGAGCUGUACUGCUUUCUGAAAAUGGGACUGUGGACUCAAACAAGCUAUAAGGAAAGGAUGUAUGAACAUCACUAUCCAGGGAGACUCCCAGCUUGUUAUCAACCAGUUUCAGGGGUCCUGGAAAAUCAACAAUGUGCAUUUAAGGAACUUAUGUGAUGAGGCUUUGGAACUAAGGAAUAGCUUGCGCUCAUUCCGCAUCCAAUACAUUCCUAGGGAAUAUAACACUGAAGCUGAUGCUCAAGCCAACCGUGCCAUCAAUCUCCGAGAUGGACAGGUUGAAGAAGAUCGUCUCUAAUCUCGAUUAAUGAUCAUCUGACAGCAUGCCACUGUCAAAAACUCUUGGCAACUAUGUUACAUUUCUGUCUAUGAAUUUAGCAUAAUGGGUGUUUUACAUGUUACCCUACAUGUCAAAUGUCAAAUAUUGUUUGCAAUAUUGUAAAUUUGAACAUGCCUCUAUGUCUGGAUAUUAGAAGCUUCAGGACUUAAAAAUGUUGCUGUG